AUUUUAACUUUAAACUAAAAUUAAUCGAAACCCUCGCCUACACUGCCCCUCGCCUGCCUGCUCCUCUCCCCGAACCCUCGCAUGUGCCGCCUCCGCUUUCUGGUUUCGUCCAGAACUAUCGCCGUCGUCACUGAACCCUCGCGAUACAGUCGCAAGUAGAGCUAACUGGUUACGCAACUUCGGGAUCGCGGCUUACAGAGAUCCGAAACUUCCAUUUUGUUUCCUCCAUCUGCUCCUCUCCUACGCGAAACCGUUGAGCAAGGAAAACCAAGCAGCGCUUUGAAAUCUUAGGUCAGAAGGGAUGGUGCUCAAGACUGAACUUUGCCGAUUUAGUGGUGCUAAGAUUUACCCUGGAAAGGGUAUUAGAUUUGUUCGAGGUGACUCCCAGGUCUUUCUUUUUUCAAACUCAAAAUGUAAACGAUAUUUUCACAACCGGCUGAAACCUGCCAAACUUACCUGGACAGCAAUGUACAGGAAACAGCACAAGAAGGAUAUUCAUGAUGAAUCUGUGAAGAAAAGGCGUCGUGCUACUAAGAAGCCUCUCUCCAGGUCAAUUGUCGGCGCUUCCUUGGAGGUCAUUCAAAAGAAAAGAACUGAGAAGCCUGAAGUUCGUGAUGCUGCCAGAGAAGCAGCUCUGCGUGAAAUAAAGGAGCGGAUAAAAAAGACUAAGGAUGAGAAGAAGACCAAGAAGGCUGAGGCUUUGGCCAAAACGCAGAAGACCCAGACCAAGGGUAAUGUGCUCAAGGGUUCCAAGGGACCAAAGCUUGGUGGUGGUGGUGGGAAGCGUUGAGGACUUGAUAUCCUUAAUUAUAUGCUUCUUUCUUACUUUCUCAUGUGAUCAGAAAUUUUCUCCUGAAUUCGUUGUUUUGCUUUGGUUCGACUUUAUAGCUGCUUUAAUGUGUUCCAAGUCAGGAUAUGAUUUUAGCUCUAAAUUUCCUUCAUUUGGUCUGUUAUGCGAUUUUGGAAACUUUAUGAUUAUCUAAUUUUGUUUGAAAUUUGCUUUUGAUAUUUUUGGAAGUUUGAAGAUGAUGA